CGCGGAGUGAGGUUAGGUGAUAUCGUGAUUUUACGUGACUCGCGCUACCGAUAUGGUCGCUCCUCGCGAAGCGUCGUCUGCGUCGUGCGUCUCGUAUCGCGUCGAUCGUUUGAAUUUUGACGACGUUGGAAUUUCAAACGCGAAUUUUCGUAGAUUUGCGGCGUGAAAUUUAUCGUGCAUCGCGUAGUGCAACGUGUCCUUUGAAAUUCGGUUCGUCGUGUUCCUGCCCCGAGACGUUCAAGUACGAUCGAUGCGUGCAUCUUCGUCUAAUCAAUUGCAGCGUAUUUUUGACAUAUCACUCGACAAGUUGUUCGUGAUUUCUAAAAAUUGAUGAUAAUUCUUGAGGAAUCGGCUGUCAUUUUUAAAAGUUGAUUGUGCCAAUAUAAUAUCAUUGUGAGAAACAAGUGAAAUUUUUGUCGAACUAAAAACUUAAAUCGAGAGUUUAAAUACAUUCCGAUAUUACAGAUUACAAGUUUUAUCCAUACAAUAUUUAUGUAAAAUGUAAUUCGAGUACAUACACAAGUCGAUGUAACAACGUGAUGAUAUAAAUAUCUGAAAAUCUGACACUUGAACACGAAAAUAUACUUAAAAAAUUUUAAAAUUGAAAGAUUUAAAAACUUGCAGGACAUUGAAAUAAUAAUUGAAAAUCUAACUGUGGGGAGGGGGAAUAAUAAAGAGUUGAGAGAGAGACAGAGAGAGAGAGAGAGAGAGAGAGAGAGAGAGAGAGAGAGAUCCAUAAGCAGCACUAAACAUAUCAAGAUUAAAAAGUUGAAAGUUAAUAAAAAUAUUUACCAAUUUUGGUAACUAAAGAGAGGCAAAGAGAAAAAGUGUCUACAAUUUUGACAAGUCAAAAUCUCGACAGUGUUCCAUAAUGCAAAACUGGGACGUUGAAAAAAUUUCAUAGUAGCUGCAGCUAUUCUACUCAAUUCAAACUUAAUCUGAUCAUUUAUAGUGAUCUCUGGAGCAUUCCAAGGUUGUGAAAUGAUAAUCAGCAAAUUACUCCAAAAAUCAAGGAUCAAAAGAUAAUUUUAGAAUUAAAUAAGUUUCUUCAAAAUCUUUUGAAAUUUACAAAUUUACUCCGAAAAUCCAUUCGCGUUCGGUAGAGCAUUUAAUCAAAAGUGGAAGCACUUUGACGAUCAUCAAUAUGUUCUCAUAGAAGGAGUUUGCUCUCGCAAGCGAAAGUGAACGGAGAGAAGACUACAGGCAUACAAUCGAGAGUAAAACGUGUUUGAUCUGCGAGAGUAGGUAUAUCCAUUUGUGGACGAGACAACGAAUCGACUGGUCCAUAUUCAGUAUCCUACAGACGACUACUAUUUUCUCCUCCUCCGUUAAUAUUGCAUUGGCGGACAGGUGACACUUGCUUAUCUAAGUUUUCGAUGCAUAGAUUGAACUGUUAGUAGAUCAAGCGAUCACAUCGAUCUCUCGGAAAGACAGAUAGGGUGAUCCGGGAUAGGACUGAUCGCUGAAGAAGCGAUAAAACAUGUCGAGGUUGCUGAAAAGAGAGCCGACGGGCGGUUGUGUGAUUGGCUCGUGCGCAGAUCGAGGAUCGUAUUAGCCCAACUGGCAGUGACGCAUGUCGUAAGCCACGUGAGAGCGACGGAGGAACGACACGCUGGACGUCACGCAGGAUCGGGACUCACGAAGAGAGAGUGACAGCGAAGGAAAUAGAGAUUGAUAAAUAGAUAGAGAAAGAAAGGGAAAAGAGAUAGCUGCGGUAAAAGCUUUUCCGAGGGAGGGGGAGAGAGAGAUAGAGAGAGAAAGAGAAAGAGAGAGAGAGAGAGAGAGAGAGAAACAGACCUGGCGACGAACUUCUUAUUGCCCACCGGAAGUCAUAUGCCCAUACACGCGCGUAAAACGCGUACAGCUUGCGAAGAAAUCGAAAUGGUAGAGUUGUGUGGUAGCGGCCAAGCUUCUUCGGCCAUGGGAGUAAUGGGCAUCAGUUCGAUGGUGACCGCGGCGACAUCGUCAUCCUCUUCGUCGACUACCACGACUACAGGUGCCUCAUCCUCAGCGUCAGGACGUGCGGGCAUUCUCGAAACUCAAGUGCGCGGUCAGUGGUAUCGCGUAUUCGUUUCUUUGGAAGACGAUUAUCUCAGUAUUUCGCUCGAUGAGAGUUGUGAGACCGGUAACAACGCCCUGAACAACGGCAACAUCAACAAUAACAAUGUAGACAGUUUGAACGAUCCGGAUGUGCCCGAUUCGGUGGCCAAUCAGAAGCGCAUUGUCCGUGUGGUCAAAAGUGACAACAAUGGCUUAGGAAUUUCGAUAAAGGGCGGCAAGGAGAACAAAAUGCCAAUCCUCAUCUCGAAGAUCUUUAAAGGCAUGGCAGCGGACGCUACUGAGCAACUUUACGUCGGCGAUGCCAUUUUGGCGGUAAAUGGCGAAGAUCUACGAGAAGCCACACACGAUGAAGCGGUAAAGGCGUUGAAGAGAGCCGGCAAGAUCGUCGAACUGGAAGUGAAGUACCUGCGGGAAGUGACGCCGUACUUCAGGAAGGCUUCGAUCAUCCAGGAAGUGGGCUGGGAACUUCAACGCGGUUUCCUGAGCGCGACGCCACCGCCACCAAAGUCACCACCACGGGCGGAUACUCGUUAUCUGCCAUUACAACUCUGCAGACUCACCAGAGCGCAUCCCUGA